AUGUCUCCGCACCGCGAGCGCCUCACACGCUUCUAUCAGAAGUACAACGCCGAUAAGCUGCAUGAGAUCGAUGGCGUGCUGGAGCGUUUCAAAGGACGCGAGACGCAGUUGUUCUCGGCGCUGAGACUGCUGGCUUUCUAUCAGAAGUACAACCCCGAGAAGGCUGGAGAUGUGGCGCAGGUGCUAAUCAAGUACAAAGGCAAUGAGUCUAAGCUCUUCGACGCACUAGUCAAGAAGUACGGCCCGGAACCAGGCGACUCUGACGAGGAAGGAGACGCUCAGGAGGACGAUAACGACGAUGAUGAGAGCGAGGAAGAGGAGGACGACGGCCUGACGAAGCUGCGACACGUGAUUUACUGUCCCAUUGACACGUUCCCGCCCGAGUACUGCGAAUACGGCCCCAUGUUUAACGAGUGCAAGCCGUGGCUGGCCGAGAACUGUCCCGAUCUGAUGCUUACCAAGUAUAACCGUACGAUCAUUGAGUUGCUGGAGGUAGAGCAGCAGAUUGCUGACGGUGUGGAAGGCAUUACCCUCGUGGUGGAAGGCAAGACCGUCAAGAAAAAAAAGAAGAACAAGAUUGAGGAGGCAGCUAAGCGGAAGGAGAACUGUAUGGUGACCAUCUCCAUGAGUUCGCGUAAGGGCCGCAAGCGUCUCACCUUCGUUACGGGUCUCGAGGACUUUGAAGGUGUUAACAUCAAAGACGCCUGUAAGAGCAUGGGCAAGAAGUUCGCCUGCAGCUCGUCGCUGUCCAAGACGGACCAGGGCCAGCAACAGAUCCAACUGCAAGGUGACUGUGUGACUGAGUUGUUGGAGGUGCUGCCGGGGAUGUUUGGUGUGCAUGAAGACCAGAUCAUCGUCAUUGAUGAGCCCGUCAAGGCUGGUAAGAAGGGCAAGAAGUAGUUGAAUUCGCACGUAGCACCCAGCAACCCAAAAUACAACUCUCCUGCUCGUAAA